UGCUCCAACCCCUAUUGAAGAGUUUCAAGUUUCAAUUGAAUACCUGUUGAAGUUCCUUGUUAUCGUUAUCAUCUCUGGUUGUGAAAACACAGUAAGGGCUGUUUUUGUAUUUGUGAUUCGCCAAGAAAUGGAGGAAGAUGGUUCCAAUUCAAUUCGACGCAUGUCAAGCCGAACCCGGAAGGUUGCGUCCAAAAUGGCUUCAGCACUUGCUAGCAGCGACAACCGCACCCAGGCGGCUCUUGCACGAUUGGAUGCUCUGGAGAAUGACAAUGCAGGAUUUGAGGUUGCAGAUCCCAAUAAUGACGAUGAUGAAGCUUCUCUAGACGACGAUGAUCAAGUGUAUAUGCAGAAAAAGCAGUCCAAAGGCACCAAAAGGAAAACCAGGGGUGCAAAAGCACUUGAAGCUAGGAAGGCCCCAAGAACAUUCCUUGAGCUCUUGCAUGAGGCAAACUUAGAAUCAUUGCCUCCACAUGUUCCUUCCUAUUGGAAAGCAGCAGUUGGACCUCCAAGCUCAACUUCCCGUCGCCACUUCUGUACCGUUUGUGGUUUUUCUGCCAAUUAUACUUGUGUGAGAUGUGGCAUGCGCUUUUGUUCCCAUAGAUGUCAAAAUGUGCACAAUGAUACCCGUUGUUUGAAAUUUGUAGCCUGAUACAUGUCACAUUUUGACCCAGCUCAGUGUUGAACACAUACUAAUUUUAAUUUGUCAUAUAUCAGUAUUCACUAUUACUGUGUAAAAGCAAGUUCUUUACUUAUCUUCGUCCAUCCUUAACAAGUAUAACACACAUCCUCAAAUCUUUUGGCCUUUUGAGAUGAGACUAGUGUUUCAGUUAGCCGAUGCUAGCUGAAAACUAUAUGUAUUCUGACCCCUUUUGGAUCAUACUGACCUUGUUGAAGAUAUUCUGACUCUGAGCUGCAACAUAUUAAGAUAAUGUUUAGAAGAUCAUCUUCAUUAUGCUGCAAGGAUUGUUCUGUUUUUACUUUGCUCUUCCUUUGUUUGUGUGCUUGUAUGCAUGUCUUUGAUUAGAUUGGCUCCAAUGAAACUUCACAAAUCAAACCAUAUAUCAUGACGGUUGGUGCAUGCUGCUGUAGGCAAUCCUGUUAAAGAGGUCUUAUGAUGUUUUUGCUUGUUAGAUGCACAGGAUCAACUUCACAUGCUUGUUCAUAAUGGCCUGCUAAAGACUAAAUUCACUUUGUUUAAGUUGCUUAGGGUGCUUUGUACAAAAUUCAGAGUCUGCACACUUGCAAUAUGUGGGUAGUUCUUCCACUGAAGGACCAAAAUAUGAAUCGGUUUCUGGUCUUGAAAUAUUUUUCUAUCAACUUGUUGGAACGAAACAUAUUUUCUCCCUGAAGAAAAUUAAACUAACUACCAAAUUAAGCUCUGGUUUCAUAUUAUGAAAUCACUAAUUAGCUUGAUUCAAGAUUUUUUA